AUGGGAGUAGGCAAUAGAGAAGCAGGAAUGCCGAAUUCAUCUCUGAAUUCAUUGAAUACAUCGGUUUUGGGUAUGCCAAAUGGAAAAGAAAUAUCUCAUAAUGUGUUAGAACAAAUUUCAGUUAGUGAAUUUGAAACAUCCAAAGCUGAACCUACGAUAUAUGAAGCUUCCCCGAACACAUCCCAUGAAAGAAUAAAAGGAAAGAGUAAACUAGUUGGGGCUGAACAUGAUGACAACUAUGAAUAUACCUCUACAAAAAAAAUAAAAAUAUCUGAUACCGCUCAAGCUUAUAAUGAAACAAUUAAUAUUUUAAAGGAAAUUAAGGCAUCAAUUAAUAUGCUAAAUUCUGAUGUAUGCGAAAAGUUGGGGGAAAUUGCAGAAGCUAUUCGUCAGAAAGGAAAAUAA